AUGUCGAAGAACACAAUGAUUAGAGAAGAAAACAAUAUUGUUGUUAACGACUCUUCUCCACUAGAGUUCGUCUCUUUUCUUGGCCGAGGUGGUUUCGGUUCCGUAUCUCUAAUGAGAGAUUCCAAACACCGUCUCUACGCAGAGAAAUCAUCUCCAAUGGAUCUCAUCAAAAGUCUCGAGAAAGAGCAUAGGAUCAUGCUUCGUUUCCGCAACCAUCCACGUAUCAUCCAAACCACGAGCCCUAAUCUUCACGUUGGAAUCAAUCUCGACCGUUGCUACAUCAACAUGGAGUUUGCUUCCAAAGGUUCUCUCCAGAACGUCAUCUCUCACUUCCGUGGUAGACCAAUGCCGGAGAUCAUGGUGGGACGUGCCGCUCUUAUGAUCUUACAAGGACUCGAGGCUCUUCACUCUCGAGGAUACGUUCACUGUGAUCUCAAACCUGCCAACGUUCUUCUUUUCCCUUCAGAGACUUUCGGAGAGCCGUGGGAUUUAAAACUUGCUGAUUUCGGUUUAUCCAAGGAACCGGGUGUGGAUUCUAGGUCGGGUUUGUGUGGUGGUACGCCGCAGUACAUGCCUCCUGAGUCUUUGGGACCUAAUGGAGUGAAGAUGGUGGGACCUGCCGUUGAUGUGUGGUCUCUAGGGUGUGUUGUGCUUCAGAUGUUUGGUGGAUGUCCGAAGAAGGUGGGAGAUUUUUACGCGUGGAGGGUUCCAAUACUUGUGUCUCCGGUGGCUAAUGACUUCUUGAGAAAGUGCAUGGAGGUGCAGCCCUCGCGCAGAGCUACCGUUGAAGAUCUGAUGAAACAUACUUUUGUUGCGCCGCUAAGAGUCAUGAGGAUUCCACCACGGCCAGAUCAGAUGCUUCAGUACUGUCCUCCAGCGGUCGUCGUACAGUAUGCUAGAAGACAAGGAGGACCAAUGAUGAUGAAGAUGGCUCCACCAAGACCUAGAGAUUUGAUCUGUUGA